UGCGACUCAUUCGCUUGCGUUCAUUCGACGCGUUAACAACGUUGCGUAUACGCCUCGUCGGUCGCGCUGCAUGAGUGUUGGUGAGCCGUCGCCUCUGUGUGCGAAUGUCCGUGUGUGUGAGUCUCUUUUCGAGUUCUCUUGAUAUUUACGAAUAUUAUUCAGCCGACUUCCGUUCCGAUCGCCUAUAAAACCAAAACCGCGCCUGUGUGCGCCAUAUAAAAUCAUUUCUAAAUUUAUAAAAACAAACGCGUAUACACACACACACUCACUUUCUCGCCCCAAAGAAAUCAAUUUAAUUUGUGCACAGCGUAAUGCCUUAAGAUGUAUAUUUAUGCAUAAAUAUUUGCCAAAAGAGCACCCACACACGAAAAACAACCGAGUGCUAGCUAAACAACAUAAAAGUGGGAAAUAAAAUUUCUAGAUUUAUUUUGGCCAGACAAAAAUCGUUAUAAACCAACACACACGCACAGACCAUUUCUGCUGCAUUUGAAUUAUAUUUAUUGUUUGCCUUUUUGUUGCCUUCUAUAUGAGUUUUUGAACAUUGUUUAUUUUCACAUAAAUUCUUCAGUUGAAAGUGAAAGCGGCGUCGCAUCAUCGUCGUGAAAUGUUGUUGCCGGCGAGUCGAGAUCGCAGAAUGGACAAGUUAUGCUAAUGGCUACAGAUAAUCCCCGAAAAACUGACAAACAAAUGCAACAAAUCGGACAAAAGCGGAAUUUCAAACAUUGAAUUUAGGGCUCUCAAAAAAAGACCUAGGCAAAAUGCGCUUGCAACAUCGUUAUGCCAGUAAUCCAACCACAAAUACGAGUAAUAACAAUACCAUAAAUAACGGCAGCACCAGCAACAAUAUCAACAUUAAGCGGGCCAAGAAGUUGAGUGGCCAGAACAUUAUCAAAUUGCGCUCUGCCAAGCAGUCGACCCCCACGCCCAGCCCCAAAUCACCAGCCACAAUGCCACCCGCCACCCCCCUAAGUCGGCACCACCAGAUAAUGAUGGAUAAGGUGGCGGAAUCGGAAAAACAAUCGGAAUCAUCCCUGAGUAACCCGAAGGAGGAGGACGAAAUCGAGGAGACCACUACGACCACCACUUCCGUGGAGCUGCGAUCCUCGGCCAGUUCGCACUAUAGGGCAUAUACCACCAUCCGCAGCAACUCGACUUCGGCCAUUCUGCACGAGGCGGUACUGCCCCCCCUCACCCCCGCCGGAAUGCUCUACGCCCGCCCACGCACCCUCAACGUUCACAAUGUCUGCCAGACGCCCGCGCAGAUAACGCAAAUGUUUUUUGGAGAAGUUCUGAAUGCAUGGCGAGCAAAGGCCAGAUGCAAUGUGGUGCCCGACGAGCGAACGCAGGAACUCUUCCACGAGCUAAGCUUCCAUCCUAGCCAAAAGCAGAUUAGCGAAAUGUUGCAGACUGCCAAGAAAGUGGCCCGAAAGGGAGGAAGUGGACAGGCAAAUGGCUUGACUUUUGGUCAGUUUUGUGUGCUAGCCGCGGAUCUGAAACGCUUCAGAGCUUCAACUAUUUCGAAUCAGCCGUCGUACUGCGACUAUCAGUCUCUGACCUCGGGACUACUGCUCCCGGAACAAGAUGAUCCUGCCAGCACCUCCAAGCAACACCUUCAGUCACCUGCCUACAGCACCAAAAAGCCGGAUAACCAUGGGACCGAACUGAGGAGCACAAAGUCCUUCAGCAGCGUGGACGAUACCAAAAAGAAGAAGAACGCCAGCAACGAGCCCGUUGAGGUGUUCCUUGGCGGAUCCUGCAAUCCAACCACCUGGCGAGCCGACGUGGCCAUACCAGCCCUCAAGGAGCUGGGCAUUUCAUUCUACAAUCCUCAAGUAUCCGAUUGGACGCCCGACCUCAUCGAGCUGGAGCAUCGAGCUAAGGAAAAGGCCCGUGUAUUAUUCUUCGUUAUGGAUUCGGAAACACGCGCAUCUGCUGGUGCCAUCGAGGCGGCACACAUAGCGGGUCAAAACUGCAAGCAGCUGGUGUUGGUUUUGCAUCCGUACAAACCAAAUCAGAAGAUCCUCAAUGAGCCUAUUUCACAGCAAGAAUACCUCGAUUUGAAUCGCAACCAGUUGAUACUUAAGGAGCUGGUCUCCCGUCGCGGACUGCCCGUGUUGGAUAACAUACCUUUGGGCCUGCAGCGCACUAAGGAUAUCCUGUCUGGCAUCAGGGAUCCUCCGUCCAAAAUAUCUUCUAUAUUAGACACCGUUCGCGGCGCCUUUGAUCGUGUAAAUCCGCAAAGCGAUCUGCUCACUGUGGAACAGUGCAAACGUGCUCUCUUAUUCCUAGGCUAUGCUCAGAGUUUAGUUAAUUUAGACAAUCUAACUAAGAUCAUAAUCAACCAACGCGAAUCGCUGAAAUUGCUCCAAACGCACAGCACAAGAGCUGUCGUAGAUGACUUGGAUUUGGAUGUGGAUGUGGAUGCCGACGGCGGCAAUUGCAGCCAGCCCAUCCUGCCCAACCAGGAGCUCAUCGACUUCGAUCUGUUCUGCGUGAUCUCGGCGUACCUGUCCGUCCUGCAGCAGGAGAUCCACGAGAGCGGUUGCAUUUCGCCCAUCAAGGGCACCAAUGUGCCGCCGCCGCAGGUGUACUUCACCAACGCUCCCGAUGUGGACAUUUACUACUCGGCCAGCAAGAAUAUUUCGCGCACGUCGAGCAACGCCAGUGUUCCGUCCAACAGCAGCAGCGGAAUCGGUCAUGAGCCGAUCCCUUUCGAGCAACUCGGCCGCAGCCGGGACAGUGGAACCUCCUCGCCCCAGCCCACGGGUAAAAGCCCCCGUCCCCAGAUCCUGCUGAACGUGGAGUCCAUCGAGACAACGGAAAUAAUCACCACCAAGACGAUAGAGACCAAGGCGAAUCCGGCGACAGCAUCCGUUGUUGUGGCCGCCGAGGAGGAGGAGAGCGAUUCCAACGACUCGGUCUUCUCCAGCAGCAGCUCAAUAGCCAGUGCCGGCGAUGCCCUCUGCUGUGGCGGUGGUCUGGAUAUCCGGGAUGUCUACCUGGGCGGCAGUUGCGUUCUCCGCACCAAGUGGCGUCAGGAGCUGGCUGUCCCUUAUCUGCAGUCCAAGAGCGUGAGUUUUCACACCCCCGCGCUGCACGAGAGCAUCCAGCAGAUGAUCCAGAACCACGAUCAGGCUAGUGCUGCGCCGCCGCAAGAGCAGCAGCAGCAGCAGAGAUCCUUUGUGCGCACUCGCCGAAAGUGCAAGGGAAACCAGCUGCAGCUGGAGGAACAGGAGGAGCUGACGGUGGCCGAGGAGUCGCUCAGCUGGUCACUGCCACCGGUCGCCGUGCGCCAGAGCCUGUACAACCCGUCGCUGCUCGACUCCAGCCGCGUGCUGCUAUUCGUCAUCAGCAACGAGACCCGUUCCCUGGCACCCAUGACCCUGGCCGCCCACUGCAUCGGUCUCAUGUACAACGUGGUGCUGGCGGUUCAGAUGCUGCCCGAGGACUGUGUCCUGGGUGGCGAGAAGCUGACUGUGGCGGCCAUCAAGGACUACAAUCGCGGACGGUCGUACCUGAUCGACCUGGCCAAAAGGCAGGGCGUGCCCGUUUUCACCGACAUUCGGGCCGCCCUCGAGUGCACCGUGGCCAAGGUGAAGGCGUACAACAACCGCGACCGCUGCUAAUUCGUACCUGUAUUCAAGUUCCAGCACGUGACAAUUUAUGCUUAUGUCUAAAUCUAAGGCCUAGUGCAAUUUACGUUCUACUCCUAACCCCCCCACUAACUUAAAUGGUGUCUAAUCGUAUUCGGAGAACACUCUUCUACCUAGUUAAAGCUAUACGUAAUAUUAUAUGCAGUAAAAUACAUAAAACGAGUGUAAAACCACUAAAAUGUCGUCGCCCAGAGAGCGCAUUUCAUAACCGAAUGGAGAAAGUCAUGCAUUCAGCUCCCCUCUCUCUAUAUUCGCUAUAAGCUAUUUGCUUUAUGCUAAUUUAUUAUUUAUUUAACACCAUACACGUGGUACAUGUGCUAAAUUAACUGUAAAUAUUCGAACAUGUACAAUUUUAAGUGCAUAAAGGUACAAUGCAACAACCACUAAAAUGUAUGUAUUUUAUAAACUUAGUGAGCAUUCAGAUAUAAAAUAAUUAAUAACUAUAUUAAAAGCCCCAA